UGAAGAGGACCCGGAGAUAACGAGGGGAAGGUGGUGGUGGGAGGAUCAAUACGGGUCAGUGUGUGGCCAGGCUGGUGCUCCUCUGGGACUCCUGCUGCUCUCUUGGUGAGGUUUGGACGAGUAAAGUAGCUUGAGGAGCUCUUGCCACACCUGCCGCCACACACCUGCCGCCACACACCUGCCGCCACACACCUGCCGCCACACCUGCAGCGCCGGCUCUGCUUCUCCAGAUCGAAGGACCUAACACGAGCGCUUAAUAAUGAGGUUCCGGUUCUGCUGGGACAUCGACUGCCCUGAUUGGCUCCUGGCAGAGAUUGCCACUCUCUCCAAACUGAGCUCCGUCAAGCUGCGUCUGCUGGCAGCUGCUGUGGCCAAGAGUUGUUAUGGACCUGCUCUCAGCCAUGAAGUAAUUGAGAAAAUUCGUUCUGACGCGACACUUGAGCGCAGUCAGGCCCAUGCCGUGGUUGCCGCCAUCCGCUGGGUGCUGGAGAGUGCUGCGGGAGCCGUGGUGGCGGCUGGCGUGCUGGACUCUGAGCUCCAGCAGCUGGGUCUGCCCAAGGAGCACGCCGCCGCCCUCACCAAGGUCUACAGCGACCAUCACCACGAGCUGCUUCGUCGUCUGCAUGAUACCAGCCUUAAAGUUGGAGGCGACAUCAGUUGGUCGUGCAAGGUUGUGGGCGUAAGUGUGGGCGGGAAUCAGAAGGCCGCGGUGCAGCUGAGUCUCCAGGGUGGCCAGCCGCCCACCGGCCCGCCCACCACUCUCACCCUCACUCCCGCCCAGCUACACGCCCUCAUCCAUGAACUGACAGAAGCAAGACAGUUAAUGGAGAGCGUGCACUAGUAGGACCCCCAGCAAGCUUACCAGGGUCUCCUUCAUCAGUGUGACUGACCUCAGUAUGACACACUACAGCACACUACAGCAUCAGUAUGUACCAGUGAUAAACAUCUGAAUGGUAAACCCUUUAAAAUCAAAGUGAUAUGCAAAUUACUAACAAUGUAGUCUUUAUGUGUAGAUAAAAAACACACAAUAUGACAAAUUAACUGCAGUUAGAGGUAGUAGCCUGUGUAGUAGUAGUAGUAGUCUGGACAGUAGUAGUCUGGAUGCAAACAUGAUCAUGACUAUUUGUUUACUCUAUGUGUUGUUAAGUGUUGGAUUAACUCCACAUUUCUUAUUGGCCUCUUUUUGUCUGACUUCCAUCUGCCCUACAUUUAAUUUAAUGCCCAAACGCUGUGUGUACUACUGUAGUGGCUUCAUUAUAUAUACGUACUCUGUAUCAAGUAAUUACCCCCUAUAUCAUCAUAUUUAUGUCUUUUAAAUACAAUGAUGAUAAUUAAAAUAUACAAUACUGUAUUUCCAAAACUGUUGAAGAAUUGUCCUUUUUCUGUACUAUAUAGAGAAAAUAAAGUUAUAUCAAUUA